AGCGUUGACGUUGUUGUAAUAUCCAUUUGCACUUGCUGGUCAGUAACCACCAUGCAGCAAGCUAUCCAAAAGAUCUUGGUGGUAGGUGGAAACGGAUUCAUAGGUUCUGCGGUAUGCAAAGCCGCUUUGGCUCGAGGCCUGCAGGUCACGAGCGUAAGCUCGUCGGGGAGACCUUACCGCACGCCUAAAGGCCACACCCCGGCCUGGGCAUCCAAAGUAGACUGGCAAAAGGGCGACGCGCUGAGCCCGGAGACGUACGCGCAUAUACUGCCGGGCGUCUCAGCCGUUGUGCAUACGCUGGGGACGCUGCUGGAGGAUACGUCGUACAAGAGCGCGGUGCGCGAGGGGAGCGUGUUGGGCCUUGCGGGGAGUUUUGCGAGGAGGUUGGGCUUUGGUGGGGGCGGGAAUCCGCUGGAGAGUGGCGAGGGGAGGCCGGGGAGUUAUGAGACUUUGAAUCGGGAUGCUGCUCUGCGGGUCUGCGAGGCUUUUCUGUCUGCGCAGCCUGAGGUACAGUUGAACGGGCCUCGGGCGUUCGUGUACCUCUCUGCUGAGGAUGUCCUCCGACCGUGGAUCCCUUCGCGGUAUAUCGAGACGAAGCGGGAAGCGGAGAUGUACAUCGAGCAGAUGGUCUCUACCCGACCGGAUUUCCGAGCCGUAUACAUAAGACCGAGUCUCGUAUACCACGCGCACCUGCGGCCUCUCAUCUCCCCUCUCGCCGCCCUCCUGGAUUUAUCUGCCACACUCCAUGCAAAGGUCCCACCGACCCUUCCGACUCCGUCAGCCAUCCUGCGCUCCGUGGGACCCCUCCUGCCUCAACCCACCCCUGCCCCGCAAGGCGUCGCGCCUUCGCCUCUUGAGUCCAUCGCAAACGCGAUGACGAUACCGCCGAUCCAUGUCGAGCACGUAGCUGAGGCCGUCGUUAUCGCAGCUGACAAUGCGAGGAGUGACGUCCGGGGCGCGUACGGCGUGCAACAGAUGCGCGAGCUCAUCGGGUGGUCGCAGAAAGGGGCAGACGGCCAUGAGCAGCCUUCCGCUACUGUAGAGCAGCGUGUGUAG